AUGCAAUGGGCGACGUCCUCCUCACUGCUUCCUAAGCUGUCGAACAAGGAGAGCGGGGAUGGUGGCGUCAAGCACCUCGGCAGUACACUGGCAGCGGUGUUACCUGUGCUGCAGCAGCAGGAGCAGCACCGCGUCUCCGCUCGCCGCCGUGACGGAUCAGUGGACAACGGCGCCGAGGGCAGGGAUGAGGAGAUGCGGUACGGUAAUUCGAAGGAUUUGGGUACGACAGGGUGCAGCACCCAUGACAGCGGCAAUGGGGCCCUCAGUGCGGCGUACGCGACGGCUGCGCAAAAGCAUGCGCUGCUGCUGCGCGCCACCAUCACCCUCGUAAGCGAGGAGGAGCCCCUGGUUCAGAAGGUGGCAACGGCGCUUGUGAACGAGUGGCUUGAUCUCGUGUCCGUGCAAGUGCCCACUCCCCAGUCGCGCGGGACAGCCGCAGACGUGCCAACGACAGUGAAGGACGAAAAGACUGCUUUCUCCGACAACAGCGCUAUUCUUGCUACCGUUGGCGGUGCUCGCAGCGCGCCACGCCGGAGGACGGCACUCAGCGGCUUACGGCCCUCUUCGUGCACCGACACGCCCGAGCAGGCGCUCCGUCACCGCCGCAUAUGCGAUGCACGUCACUACUGGCUCUCUUGUCUGCUGAAGAUGGUGGCGUACCUCGACGGUGUUCACUCCGCUCUUCGUGAAGAGAACACUCACAUUGGCGCCGUCCUCGCUCGCCAGGGCAUCGCUCCGCAGGACGCAGAGGACACCUUCACCAAGUCGCUGCCGGCGAUCGUCAACUGUGCGCUCGUGGAAGAAGUUUUACACAGCGCAGCCGCCGGGUUACCGGUCUCGCAGGCACGCGCCUUCUCUGCGUGGGCAGCACCGUCCUUGUUGGCAUCCGCUCGCGCAGCUUCCACCGCACGUUUGUGGAUGCCGCCUCCAGCGCUGCUGCUUCCCUUCCACUUGAUCGGGCGAGGGUCCGUCUUUGGAGUGUGGCUGCCUCCAAGCGCGCCGUCGGACGGCGGGUCGACUGGCCACCCGCCGGCGGCCCGCACCCCCACCCGCGCGCAGGGAAGCUUUGUGCCCUGCGUCGUCGACUCGCACGGACUGCAUCUCGGGAUGGAGCCGCUCUGCGAAUGCGACACACACGAGCCGGCGAGCAAGCCCGGCGGUGAAGAGCACGGCGCUGGUGUGGCGGUGCUGCACGCGUGGAAGCGAAAGCCUGUGGGUGUAAGUGCACAGGAGGCGGCAUCGCGCCCUUUCCAUCCCGAGCGCUCACCGGGGCACCGCCGGCUGGGCUUUGCGGUGCGCUGUGCGGAAUCCGAAUCGCUGCUCGAGAAGCGUUACCUCGCCUCGCUAGAGCACCUGCUUCCCAUCCUUCGUGUGCCCGACGUGGCGAGCCAGCUUGCCACUGACGGCAGCCUCCGAAGCGAUCAGCCGGAGCGGCAGCCCUCGCUACGGUGGUGGCCGUGCAUGCUGAGCGAGACGGCCGGCAGCCCGCGCAUGGACGUUUACGUCGCGCGCACGCUGCUGAUGCUUCCAAUACCGGCUCAGAGCACGCUGGACAACUCCACGGACCAUGCCGCGAGUGCAACAAGGGUUGACUCUGGGGCUAGAGCCGGCGCAGGCACCGUAGAGGGAGCGCAUCACGCGGAGACGCGCACAAAAACCCUGCCGGGCGUGCUGGCGUCCUCAUCGGCAGCUGUCGGAGCUGGCAAGCGGCCCCGGGGCAGCUUCAACCGGGGGUUGACGAGGUCUGCAGAGGAGCAGGCAGUGCGGCAUCAGCACCCACUGCUGUACCACGCAAUGCGAGCACAUCUGCGCGCAGACAAAGUCUUGUAUAAGGCGUGCCGUGACGUCUCUGAGAAUGGCGUUGCUGAGCUGGUGCUGCUGUACGGCGAUCCGCGCGGUGAGGAGGCGGCGGCGCUGCGUCGGAUGGGCUUCACGGUGCGCACUGGCAGUCACCAGAGGCUAGGCUGUAGCGGCGCCGCGUUUGCCAGACGUACGGCGUCAUCUGCUGUGUCGUCCCUGACGGGGCUGAGCAGUGGUGCCGGCGGAGGUAGCGGACGCCUCACCUUGGCCAGAGACGCACUUGGCACCACGCUCGAGGGCAUGUACCUGAUCGCCCGCCGUGUGCUGGGGCUGCAGGGACUCUUUGUAUCCUCCGCGUCUGCCUUCACGACGCCAGCAGCAGUGGCACCGGCGGAGGCGCGCGUCGGCGGUAAGGGGUGCCCUUCCACCACUGGCGCUGCCGCAUUCGAGGAUGGAGGGGGCCGGUGUGAUUUGGCCAAGGGCACCGCCGCCACGAGCGCGGCUGCCUUUCCGGUCUGUGCACAGACGGAAAGGGAAGCGCUCGGCACCGUGGCGGCGACGCUCGCCCUCACGUGUCUUGUGCUCAGCCACAGUCUGCUCGAUGAUUUGCUGGAGCAGCCGUCUGUCGUGCUGUUAACAACGGAGCUGGCGUCUUUUGUGCUCGACGUGUCGCUGCUGAUGCCGCGGCCUCUCCCUCGGCUGCUGAAGGCGGACGGAUUCGCUCUGGCACUUCUACUGCAGCCAGCACAGUCGUUGCUGCUGAUGGUGGGUCUGGCAGCGACGCUGGUGACGCGUGAAGUGCGCAUGGCCGCUGCAUCCCAUCGAGGCGGCGAAGCGGGCAGUGGCAGCGGUGGCGGGAGAGGGCGAGGCGCCGGCGGCACGUCAUCGGCGUCGAAGUCCGUGGCACCGCAGUGGCAUCCGUGGUGGUCAGCCUUCCGCGCGGCAGUGCUACGGGACACCGAGCUGCCAAGGUGCCUGUACAGCGGCAUCUGGUCCAUCGUAGAGAGCGCCGAAGGCUCCCUUGCCACCUUCGCGGCCGAGGUGCGGCGGGACACCUCUGGCAAUCGCCAAGCAGAUGAUGGCAAGCGCAGCCAUCCUUCUCUGGUGGCGGGCAGCGACGGAAGAGGUGACGACGCGGUGUCGGGGGCACCGGCACUCGUGUCCGGCCGCGGUGGCGCAAGAGGCGGGAGGCGGACGCUUUCUCUGUUCGUGCCAUCCCCACCCGCGGCUGCAGAUCGCCACCUCUUCGCGGAUGCGCAGGACACCCCAUCGUCGAAAAGUCGUGACGUUACGCCUCAUCAAUGCAGCGUCGAUGGGGCCACCCCCUGCAGGCACCGCCUCCUCUUGAAGGUGCCUCCAGCCGGCGGCGUGGCUGGGCAGCUCUCUGCAACGACAGCAGUGAACCGCAAGGACCAUGCGACAGCGUGCGGGGCAGGCGACGUCGUGUCGGCGAGCCAGUCUUACACGCCCCGCCGACUCUGCGGACACGCCGUUCUUUGCCAAGACGAUGGCAUCUGCCGUGCAGGCGCCGAGACGAGCGACGCCCACGCCAUUGCAAGCAGCUCGCCGUUUGCCGAAGGGGUGUGCGUUGUGUCUGGCAAUGAAACGGCGCUGCUCGGCGCGCGCUCCGUCCACGCCAAGGUCGCCUCCCCAAUCUCGCGUACGCCCUCGCUGUCCUUGACUAGGGCAACGCUGCUGCCUCGGCUAACCUCUGCCGUAGCCUCCGCCUUGUGGGCAUCGCUGGAGGCGGAGGAGAUGCACUGGCCCGCCGGCGCUGCGUAG